AUGGAUUCCUGGGCUGCCCACUCUGCCGCGCCGGCCAACCUCAAGUUCGAGAACCCGGUCGAGUCUCUCCUAGCCACGCCUGGCGAGAUCUUCCCUGAAGUCUUCGGUUCCGAGCGGGCGACAUCAGCAACCCCAUCCCUUGACAUCAUGUCACCGGCUUCCAUGGCAGACGACGCCCAUGCCGACCUCACGGCUCUUGCUUCUCUCACAGUUCCUCAGAUCCCGCCACGCUCGACGCCUGGCUCGACACCGGCGCCAGAAACCGAGAAGAAGCCUGUCAAGAAGAGGAAGUCGUGGGGUCAAGUCCUUCCAGAGCCCAAGACAAAUCUUCCACCGAGGAAACGUGCCAAGACCGAGGACGAGAAGGAACAACGUCGCGUCGAACGCGUUUUACGCAACCGUAGAGCUGCCCAAUCGUCACGAGAGCGCAAGCGACUCGAGGUUGAGGGUUUGGAGAAACGCAACAAGGAGCUUGAGGCCCUUCUCAUGCAGGCUCAGCAGAUCAACCAGACUCUCAUUGCCGCACUCCGUGAAAACGGUGUUGCUCCUACAAUUGCCACACGACCGGGAUCCUUCGAUGGCCUCAACCCCACCCCAGUCACCUUCUCACAAGAGCUCUUCAGCUCACAAGAUGGCCACAACGUGCCGAAUCACAACUCUCUCGACCAACUAUUCCCUACAAUCAAGACCGAAGAGACCGUCAACCCAGCAUCUCUCUCUCCAGCCUUGACCCCUAUCCCCGAGAUGGAGGAGGAGGACGUCGAGCAACCAACGGCGGCUCAACCUGUUGCGGAUACUACCUGCACUGCGACUGUGAACACUUCCCCCGAUGCGACACAACAUCCUGCUGCGGUGUUGUGUGGUGACCUGCAGUGUCGGUCGGCGGAAGUGCCACGCUCCAAGUGUCUGGUAGUGUCCCAGCAGUCUCAGCCCCCUUCGAUGGAUUCUCUCUUUCUGGCCCUCCUCUCGGCGUCAGCAAUCUCGUGGAUGAUUUCACUUUUUCAAAGGCCUUUGAUGCUGAUCGCUACAUCCAUGAAACGGAAUUUUUCUCUUCCCCCAGCCCCAGCAAUUUUGAUGAGUAUAGUAUGGCUGGUGACGACACCGAAGCCCUUCACUUCCAGGCAAACCACGAGAACUUCUUCGACGAAUUCAUCAACCCCGAAUCCCAAAUUCGAAACAGCAACGAGCAGCAGCCGCAGCAACAAUCUGAACUCUGCGCAACCGCGAACGCGUCACUCCACAACCUUGCGUAUCCGAACGCUUCGGAAGAUCCUUACCAGCAGCCCCAUCUUGGCGCGUCCUUUAAUGGAUGCGACGAUGGAGGUAUUGCGGUGGGUGGUAUCUGAAGAAGGGCGCACGGUACCCCAGGUUUCUGGAGAGGACGCUUCGGCAAUGGCGACAGCUGACAGAAAGGAGCAGCGAGCGCAGCCAAGUACUGGAUUGCUGGCAUUUUGGCCCAAGGGCGCAAUGUUGCCAUCGAAGGAAGUUUUGCUUACCUUGAUCUGGACUCUGAGGGUGGAAGAGCGGAAGAUGAGAGUCCGCGCACAACUCAGGGGCUCCUCCUCGAAACUCUGUGGGUCAACCGGUGUCCCGUCAGUGAGGACACACACACCAACCACAACUGAUAAUAACAAACUUCAACAACAAUACAAGUUGAAGGUAAUACCAAGGCGGAAGUUGAAGGCUGGGUCUUGUGCCCUUCCCAAAACUCACCUCGACACAGAGCGUCGCAGGAUGUCUUGA